CGGUGCCCCGUUCGAAACAUUUGAACGUCGUCGCGGAUUCGAAAGCGAAUACAGUAGGCCGUGAUUUAGUUUUGUCUCGAUCUAAGACAAAAGAAAUUGCCUGGUUUUACAGUGACUCUUAUUAUUAUCGUUGAGGAUACGUUAGUGAUUCGAUUUUGGUUUGCUUUUGUGAUAUCUGCCUGGAGAAGAAAAAAACUUUAAUAAAGAUGCGCCCACCAAUACAGUUCGAUGGUGAAGUUGCCACUGAAGCUGAAGCCGAACAGCCGGAUCCUCGAAUGGUCGCUAUGAUGAUCAGUACCAGAUUGGCUGGAAGGGCUGUGAUCAGGGUGGUUGGCAGGUGCAACGAUGCUCAAGAAAAUCAAGAAUUAGAUCUUUCAAACUGUCAGCUGAUGCAAGUUCCAGAUGCCGUUUAUCACUUAAUGAGACACACCGAACUCAAAACCUGCGAUCUCAGUGACAAUGUCAUCACAAAAAUUCCACCAAAGUUUGCUGUGAAAUUUAAUCUCAUUACAGGUAAAUAUUUAAUUUGA